UCAUCUGGCUGCCUACAAAACGCGGAUCAUAUCUCAACUCUAGCUUCUACCUAGGUACGCAGCGGAAGACACAUAGCUUCUCCAGCCUUGAGGACACGUCAUAUAUUUUACUUCUUUCUCUCCCGUUCAUCUUUUUUUGUCGACAGUCAGGGAAUAUCCCACGACACGCGAUACCCGCAACGUCGGCCUCAGUUCCCUCAACCGACGCUCUGCCCCCCCCAAAGGGAAUCGAUCUUGUCGCACUCUUCUAUCUACGCCCAUAGCCCAUCAUGUCGAGAGCUAUCCGGUCGACACAAAUAGCAAGGCUCGAUGGUCUAAUGCUCUGCGCCUCCGUCGACGACGAGCACCAAGAAGACGACGUGAUAGAGAUCAAGGACCAAAUCCGCGCCGUGCUGCGCAAGGUCACCCGCAAAUCCGAACCCCGCGCGAGCCUCGAGCUGGGCCAGGCGACCCUCCACUACUUCAUCGACGGGGACGUCAUCUUCCUCACCAUCACCGACCGCUCCUACCCGCGCGAGCUGGCCUUCACCUACCUCGCCGACCUCGCCCGCGAGUUCCACCAGACCCACCCGGCCGCCCAGGUCCAGAGCCCCACCCUCCGCCCCUACGCCUUCAUGGACUUCGACACCUUCAUCUCCCGCACCAAGGCCACCUACGCCGACGCCCGCGCCGCCAACAACCUCGACCGCCUCAACACCGAGCUCCGCGACGUCACCAAGAUCAUGACCAAGAAUAUCGAGGACCUCCUCUACCGCGGCGACUCGCUCGAGCGCAUGGGCGAGAUCAGCUCCCGCCUCCGUGAUGACAGCAAGAAGUACCGACGCGCCGCCGUGCGCAUUAACUGGGAGCUUCUUCUGAAGCAAUACGGUCCCGUGGCCGGGCUAGGCUUUUUUAUCAUUCUCUUUUUGUGGUGGCGGUUUUUGUAGUGUUGCGCGUCUUUUCGUCCGGGGGGGAUCUGGAGACUCCUCCACCACUGCCCUACUAUAUAGCCUAUGGGAUCCCCUGUCUGGUUCAGGUGUUUUGAAGUGUAACGAGUCUGUUGUUUCUUGUUUUCGGCAAGGGCGGAUGGCGGGAAGAUUUGGGCAAGCGAGUAUACGAAUCUUUGUGCUUCAACAGGUUGCAUAUAGUUCUGCAUCAUCACAGGAGACAUUCUUGCCUUCUGUUUCUGUUUACCAUGGAACGAAAAAUGUACAGCUGGGUUCGUAAACCGGACACCAGCGGCUGUCUCCUCUUAUCCAACGGGCUGCAAAAGCAGGAGAGGAAAAUAAAUACUCCGAAGUACGCUGUCUAUUCGGUCAUGAAAUACAGAGGAACAAAAAUCUUGAUCAAAAAUCGACUACAGGGGUAUAUG